UACAGGCUUAGAACUAUUCAGACUUCAGAGGGCCACUACAGGGAUAUCGAAAACCGUUAGAUAGACAGGAUGGCUUAAAUGACAAAAUUUGCGUUAUUUAGGGAUGAGUGUGUUGGUGUGAACAGAUCCGAAAUUAGCGAUUCAAGUUCAUCCCCAAGCCACCUAUCGGAAGAAACUGUAAUAUCGGCUUAAGGUACGGUAGGAGUGAAAGCUUUGACGGCGUGCAUUUCUGCAGGUUAAAUUUUUAUAUUUUAGUGUUCGAGGAGUUAUAAUAUAUAUGAAAGUUUGUUCAAAGCAUUUUGAAGAGUCUGAUUUUCAUAGACAAAAUAAGUUGUAAAAAUAUCAGUAUCAAUGGAGCUCCAUGUGUAGUAAUAUUUUUCAAUAUUCAGGUAAGGAGCUGAGACACGCAGAUUUGUGUUUGAGACCGAGAAAAACUAACUUGAGACGCCGAAAUUUGAAAAGAAAUGCAGUCCCAACAAAAAACCUUCCUAAAGGUACUCAUGAGAACAUAAAGAAGAAAGAAAGACGGAAUUUAACUAGAUAUGAUCCUGUACAACAACCAAUUUUGAAAUCUGACUGUGAAGAUGAAAAUGAACUUCAUGCUCAGGAAAUGAUUCACAGGCCUGAUGAAUUGUUGGCUGCUGAAGCUCUAUGUGCUUUUAUCAAUAAGGACAAUUUGUGACAAUAUUACUACAAAUCAAAAGCUUAACAGCUUGACAGGGUUGAAUUCUUUCGAAAUGCUGAAAA